UUCGAUUAAGCUUUCCUUCAGCAAGGUGUUGACGACUGAUUGACGAGUCUCGAAGAAUCAUUCGCUAUUCAUCAUCCAAGCUCCUAUUUGCAAGUGGUGCAAUCACGUUUGAAAGGAAAGGGAUACAUUCUUCUCAACCAAUUUCAAUCUCCGAGACAUCGCCUCCUUCAUCUUUCUGUGCUACUGCGAAGUAGCAUUAAAAGAAACUCUUAACAUCUCCCGGAUAAGGCAGUGCUGACCGGUCUCUUGGUGAUCAACAAAAUAUAUCGACAUUAAGGAAGGGAUACUCAAGACCCGUAUCCCUAUCAUUUCAUAUAUCGAUUGCACAUUUACAAUUCACGACCGUCUCUCUCCUCGCCGCUCAUAAUCACAACCAAAGAUGGGUAUGCUCCGGAGAACAAAUACGUCAGUCUCCACACGACGGAGGAAUGCGAGACGACGUGCUGUUCGCCAAUCAGGGGAAGGAUGGUCAGCAAGGCUACAGACGAAACUGAAGAGACUUAAUCCUGAGAACCUCUUCGCUCGCACUAGACCGCCACCAGCUCCAAGAUCGGUCUAUUUCAAUGAGCCCCUCCCAGCAGAAGCAUUUGACAAGAAAGGAAAGCCACUCAGACAUUGGCAAUUUGCAACGAAUCAACUUUUAACGGCACGUUAUACGAUUUACAAUUUCUUUUUCAAAAAUUUAUGGGAGCAGUAUCAUCGUGUUGCCAAUAUGUUCUUUACCUUGAUUGUUGUUUUGCAAUUCUUUCCCAAAUUCGCCACGAUUUCACCGGGUCUUGCCAUGUUGCCACUCUUGGUCGUCUUGGCAGUCACGAUGAUUAAAGAUGGAUACGAAGAUUGGAGAAGACACAUCAGUGAUCGAAGUAUCAACAAUGCCAAAGUACGUGUUUUGAUCGGCGGAGGAUGGACGAAUCCAAAUGUUACCGAAUCAAAGCAAAGGUCAAUCAAAUCAGCUCUAUCAGCUUUCUGGGAUCAAAUGCUGGGCGGAAAGAAGCGUCAGCAGAAGAAGAUGGAGCAACAUGCACAAGACAUUUCAGCUCAUCAUGACAAUGCAUCCGUUGUUGGGCCUUCUGAACCACCACUUGAUGCUCCAGGAGGAGGUACAGCACCAUUCAGAACGGUGACGCAAGAUAGCGGAAUGCAAUCAAGCGUUGCGGGACAUGAUCUCACACGUCAAAGAACUUCAAUGAGCUCUUUACCUGCAGGAAUGACACGUAGAGCAUCAACGAUGGGCGGUAGCGAAUACGAGCAUCUCGAUGACGGUCGCAUCAAACAUCGAGGAAAGAUUCUUACCCCAGAACAAGAAGCAAAGUAUUGGGAAAAACGUUCACCUCGAUGGAAGAAACGUAAUUGGGAAGAUCUGCGGGUUGGUGAUUUUGUCUUGUUGAAGAAUAAUGAUCCUAUCCCUGCCGAUAUUAUCGUUUGUGCCACUUCGGAAGAAGAAGAUUGCUGUUACGUUGAAACGAAGAAUUUGGACGGAGAAACAAAUUUGAAAGUACGACAUGCUGUUCCUGAAUUGGCAACUCAGCUUCGAUCGGCAAGUGCAUGUGCUGAAGCAUUGAUGCGCGUUGAUGCUGAACCUCAAGAUACGAAUAUGUACAGGCUCAAUGCAAGUGUCGUUCUCGGAGACCGUUUUGAUCAUGAAGGCAACCCUUUGCGAUGCCCAGUCACGAUCAAUCAAAUCUUACUGCGUGGAUGCAAUUUACGUAAUUCCAGAUGGGUGAUCGGAUUGGUGCUCAUGACGGGUGCUGAUACAAAGAUCAUUGCCAAUUCGGGUAAUACACCUACCAAGCGUGGUCAAGUUGAACGAUUGAUGAACCCAAUGGUGUACAUCAAUUUGCUCAUCUUGGCUGCUAUGGCUGUUGGAUGUGCUAUUGCUGAUGCUCGGAUCGAAAACUACUACUUUGCCAGGGACGCUUAUUGGGAAUUCUAUGCAAUCUUCAGUGACGAUAAUCCUAAUAUAAACGGUUUGGUCACUUUUGGUAAUUCGCUCAUUACGUUCCAAAAUAUUGUUCCGAUCUCACUAUAUAUUUCUAUUGAGGUGGUUCGUACGAUUCAAGCAUACUUUAUCUUUGACGAUUAUGAUAUCUACUAUGAAAAAACAAAUCGAAGAACAAUUGCUCGUUCAUGGAAUUUGGCCGAUGAUCUAGGUCAGAUCGAAUACAUUUUCUCCGACAAGACUGGUACAUUGACGCAAAACUUGAUGAUCUUCAGAGAAUGCUCAAUCGGCACGGCUUUGUACACCGGACAGGACAGCGAAAACAAUCACGAUCAAAGCGAUUCAGAAAAGAUUCAUUCAUCGGUCGAUACAGGAUCUGUAUCAUCUUCCGCAGAAAAGGCUGGCUCGACACUCAAGAAGGUCAAACGUGCCAAUGCAGAAGUUGCACCUUUUAAAGAUUGUUCAUUGAACGAUGCUUUGCGUCAAGGUGGCAACUCUGAUCAAGAGAAAAUUCUUGGAUGGUUCUGGCGUUUGUUGGCUUUAUGUCAUACUGUUGUCACUGGCGAAGAUGAAGAGACUGGAGAGUUGGAAUUCAAAGCGCAAAGUCCCGAUGAAGAAGCACUUGUUCAAGCUGCCGCUGAUGUCGGUUUCAUAUUCUGCGGAAAGGAGCGUAACACGUUGGUUAUUCAAAUUCCUUCGGGUGACUUUGAAAAGUACGAAUUGUUGACUGUUUUGGAAUUCUCCUCUGUACGAAAGCGUAUGAGUGUAAUUGUCAAGAGGGAAUCGGAUGAAAAGAUCUUUUUGCUCACAAAGGGUGCCGAUAGUGUCAUCUUUGAACGUUCGGCUGCAGGACAAGACUCAUUGAAAUCGUCAACGGAUGAAGCUCUAGAAGCAUUUGCCAACAAGGGUUUGCGUACGCUUUGCUUAGGAUUCAAACCUCUAACUCACGAAGAAUACAGCAAAUUUGCGCAUUCAUACCAUGAAGCCAGUGUCGCAAUGGAAAGACGUGAAGAGCGUAUGCAGGAUUUGGCAAGUGACAUGGAGCGUGAUUUAGUUUUGUUGGGUUCAACGGCUAUUGAAGAUCGUUUGCAAGAAGGUGUUCCCGAAACGAUUGCUGAUCUAAAGCGUGCCGGUAUUAAUAUCUGGGUUGCAACGGGUGACAAGCUUGAAACUGCUAUCGCGAUCGGUUACAGUACCAUGUUGUUGUCGCAAGAUAUGAAUUUGAUCGUCGUCAGAGGAGGAGAAUAUGGUCAACCUAAUUCUGCUUACAAUCAACUGAAGCGUGCCGUCGAACAAUUCUUUGGUGGAUCUGAAGUUCUUGAACAAAUGGUAUAUCAGCCGCCAACGAGUGAAGAUGGUGAAGACCACGAGGGACGUCCAUCCAUGCAAGGAAGACGCAGUACGGCAAGUGCUACCUCACUUGUGGGCGAGGACAACGGACAACGAUCUGGUGGAUACGCUUUGGUCAUUGACGGUUCAGCUCUAGGACAUGCAUUGAGCGAAGAAUUUAGUAAAGAAUUGUUACUGGAAAUUUCGACAAAAUGCAAGGCUGUUAUCUGCUGUCGUGUUUCGCCACUUCAAAAAGCUUUGAUUGUUAAAUUGAUCAGAGAUGGACUAGGUGUGAUGACUUUGGCAAUCGGUGAUGGUGCAAAUGAUGUUUCUAUGAUUCAAGCAGCUCACGUUGGUAUUGGUAUUGCCGGUGAAGAAGGUUUACAAGCCGUUAAUAGUUCAGAUUAUGCAAUUGCGCAAUUCAGAUUCUUGAAGAGAUUGUUACUCGUUCACGGCCAUUGGUCUUACCACAGAAACGGUACAAUGAUUAUCAAUUUCUUCUACAAGAAUCAAAUCAAUAUUUUCACACUAUUCUUCUUCCAAAUUUACUGUGCAUGGUCCAGUACGCAAGUUAUGGAUUACGUUUAUCUAUUGUUCUGGAACGCAUUCUGGACCGUUGCUGCGGUGAUUGCUAUGGGUAUCUUUGAUCGUAUCUUACCCGAUCAUGUUCUGAUGGCAGUGCCGGAGCUAUAUGCACGAAGCAGACAACGCAAAUACUUUGGCGUCGGGUUAUUCAUCAUUUAUCUUGUCGACGCAAUAUGGCAAGCAGCCGUCUGUUACUUCUUGAUCAUGUACAGCUACGACGAAACGGCAUCAAGGGAUACGGGAUACUUUAUCGACUUGUGGGAAUGGUCAACAACACUUGUUAUGGCAUCCGUUUUGGUAGCAAACUUGUUCGUCGGUUUGGACAUGCGUGCUUGGAAUUGGUGGAUCUUUGCCGGUGUUUGGCUCGGUCCUGUUUUGAUCUUCAUCUUUGCACCUAUUUAUGCUGCUUUCCCGCCUUCGUUGAUCUGGACAUACAGUUAUGGUAACAAUCAAGCAUUGUAUCACAGUGCAUUGUAUUGGUUCUCUGGUAUUAUGGUUGUGGUCGUUUCUCUGAUUCCCAAAGUUAUCUGGCGACACGUUCGAUCGAUUUAUUAUCCAACGGAUAUCGAAAUCAUGCGACAAAUCGAAAAGUUUGAUCCUCAGCAUGACUUUGUUCGUGAUCCUGCGAUGCCAAAUCUUCGCGCAGCAAAGAAGUACGGAUUAGACGUUCCUGAAGGUCAAACAGGCGGUAGUGGAGACAAUUCGGAUAUCGUUGAUGAACAACAGUAUCACGGCUAUCCAAUGGCUCCCUUGCAAAAUGUUAUGAGCAGAGCAAGUAGUAUUCAACAUGAUAUGCUGACUGGCAGUCGUACACCUGUUCGUGGAUAUUCUUUCAGUGCAGACGAUCCAAAACCCAAACGGAAAUCCACCAUCCGUGAAAAGUUGUUGCCAAGCGGAUUGAGAAAUACGUUGAGUAGAAGACGUGACAAGAGAUUGUCAACAAUCCGACACAGUGACACAGGACAUGACGAUAUCCGUGAAGCAGAAGGGGAACACGUACAGGAGUUCGGACAGGUACAAGAAGAGCCUGGACCGGAAGCCGAAAGUGAAGAUGAAAAUGAGCCAGAAGAAGAGGAGGCAAAUACCAGACAGCCAACGUUGCAAGAACGUGUUGAAGAUACCCUUUUGCCUAAUACUCGCGGACAAAUGAAUGGACCGAUGAGCACAAACCAGUGAUCGUUGUUAUUUGACGAACAAUUUCGAGCUAAAAAACAGACUCGUUUAUUCUUUCUUUUGUUAAUAGAUCUUUCUUUUCUUUCAAUCGGACUCAAAUGAUCGGAAUGCCUUUCAUCUGCUUUUUGGUUCGAAAUGAGCUUUUUUUCUCUUUAUGCUUCAUACCCUUUCUUGUACUAUUUACGCUUUUCACUUGAGCGUUUUUGUUUCUCGCAUAAAAUGACAUGCUGUGAGCUUACUCGUAUCAACAUCUUUAUA